AUGGCCCCACCAACUGCGCCGAUGAAGCAGUUUUCGUACGAGCUGGAAGGCACCGCCACGGCCACGCACGGCGCCGUGCGCAUGGGCCACCUCAAGAGCGGCUUCACGCCGGACAUGACGCUGUUCAAGAACCUGCGCGAGCUGCGCCGCAAGUUCGACCCGAGCGGCACCAACAAGCUCUUCGGCUGGCGGAAGGCCGACCCUGGCGCGGGCAAACGGGGGGCCUACGAGUGGGUGACGCUCAACGACUUCCUGCCGGUCGUGGAGGCCGCCGCGUCGGGCAUGAGCCACAUCCUCAAGCUGCAGCGCGGCGCCAUCGUCGGCGUCUUCGCCAAGAACUGCUACCAGUGGUCCAUCGUCGAGCACAGCGCCAGCCGCAUGGCCGUCGUCUUCUGCGGGAAGGAGCAGUUCAAGGUCCUCAUGGGCGUCGUGCACGAGUGUCCAAGCGUCAAGACGGUGGUGCAGUUCGAAGACGACAUUGAUGAAGAGGAGAAAGCGCUAGCUCAGGAGCACAAGGUGAAGCUCAUGACGCUCGACCAGCUGAUCGAAGACGGCAAGAAGAACGUCGUGCCGGCAGAUCCGCCACUUCCCAGUGACCUGGCCACGAUCUGCUACACUUCGGGCACGACGGGCGAUCCGAAGGCUUGUGCUCUGGACUUCACGCUGGUCUUGCCGACGGACAUUCACUUGUCGUGUCUGCCAUUAGCGCAUUGCUUCGAGCGCGUGAUCCAGACGACGUUCAUCUACAAUGGAGCGGCGGUGGGGUACUACUCGGGAGACGUCAAGCUGCUAAUGGACGACUUGGGAGAGCUGCAGCCGACGCGGCGGGAGUGGCUAUUUGACACGGCGUACGCUUCCAAGAAGUACUAUCUCAAGGACGGCUACAAGACGCACGCGUUCUGGGACUUCCUGGUCUUCAGCAAGGCUCAGCAAGCUUUAGGCGGGCGUGUGAGGCGGAUGAUGAACGGGUCUGCGCCGCUGUCUAAGGAUGUAAAGGAGUUCUGCCAGAUUGUGUUCGGUGCGACGAUGCUCGAAGGCUAUGGCCUGACAGAGACUGGAGCUGUGAUCUCCUGCUCGACGGACGAGAUUCCGCCUGGUGACCACAUCGGAAUCCCUCUGGGUAACGUGCAGAUUUGCCUGGAGGACGUGCCCGAGAUGAACUACACGAGCCACGACAAACCCUGUCCUCGAGGCGAGAUCCUCAUGAAGGGCGACAACCUCUUCGUCGGAUACUACAAGCAGCCAGAGCUGACGAAGGAGGUGAUCGACGCCGACGCCUGGCUGCACACGGGCGAUAUCGGCUGCUGGAACGCGGACGGCACGCUGCGCAUUAUCGACCGCAAGAAGAACAUCUUCAAACUGUCCCAGGGCGAGUACGUCGCGCCCGAGAAGAUCGAGGGCAUCUACAUCAAGAGUCCGCUGAUCGCUCAGGCGUUCGUCCACGGCGAUUCGCUCAAGAACUACCUCGUGGCAAUUAUCGUCCCCGACUCCGAGGUCGUCGCUAAGUGGGCGAAAGACAAGGGCCUCAAGGCCUCGUUCGAGGAGCUCUGCACUGCGGAUUCACCCGCUGGCGCCGAGUUGAAGGCCGACAUCGCCCGCGAGAUGGAGAGGCUGGCAACAGAGUACAAACUCUUCGGCUUCGAGCGCGUCAAGAAGUUCCACGUCCACUCGGAGCAGUUCACGCCCGAGAACGACUUCGCCACGCCGACGUUCAAGCUCAAGCGCCCGCUCAUUGUCAAGCACUUUGGCCCCGAGCUUGAAAGCAUGUAG